CUUGGGCACAGAAUACUGUUACGAGAACUUGGGUUUUUAAUAUUAUUGUUUUUAGUUUAGCACCAUAUUAAUUUUCUUAAUUAAGUGAUAAAGUCAUUGGGAUUAUGGCUGCCCAUAAUAAAUUACCUGGUACUGGCUUAGAAGAUGUUGGUGUACCAGGACAGACGUUUCUUAGGGAUGCAUUGACCAGUUGUACUGAUCCCCUGAAAGCAAUUGAAGAAUUUCAACUUGAAAAUGGAAUACUUUUGCCUUCACUCCGGCCUAUGCUGCCAUUAUUAGAUUUGCACGGUGUACGACGCCUAGAUUUUCACACAUCAGUGCUAGAGGAAUUAAGAGACAAAUUAAUAUCUCAUAUUAACGUAUUAGGCGGUAAAGACGGUAAAGGUAACGAAAAAAAGCUAAAAGAACUGCUUGCUAAGAGUUUUCCGGUAGUAAAAGUUAAAGCUCUCAGACCAGUUAUCAUGGGAAUUCUAAAAAAUAUACCUCAUAUUGAUGACAAAUAUUUAAAAGUUUUGGUCCGAGAUCGUGACUUGUACAAUGAUACAGAUACUGAAGUGAAACGGCAAAUAUGGCAAGACAAUCAGUCGUUAUUUGGUGAUGAAGUGUCUCCUUUAUUGAGUCAGUAUAUAAGAGAAAAGGAAAAUGUGUUAUUUGAUCAUGAAAGUUUUGCUAAUAUAUUUUUCACAUCAUCUCCUAAGUUGAGACGAGCAAGUCCCGUUGUAACUAAACUAAAACACAUGGUAGGAACAAGUAUCAAAUUGUAUGAUAUGGUUCUACAAUUUCUACGAACAUUAUUUCUUCGUACUAAAAACAUACACUAUUGUACACUAAGAGCUGAGCUUUUAAUGACUUUGCAUGAUGCAGAAGUUCAAGAAAUUAUAUCAGUGGAUCCUUGUCACAAAUUCACUUGGUGCCUAGAUGCAUGCAUCAGAGAAAAGAAUGUUGAUUUAAAAAGAUCUAGAGAGUUACAAGGUUUUCUGGAUGGUGUUAAGAAGGGCACUGAACAGAUACUUGGAGACUUAUCAAUGACCCUGUGUGACCCAUUUGCAGUAAAUUUUCUGGCUACAUCAGCUAUUAAAAUUUUGCAUCAUUUGAUCAACACAGAAGGACUUCCAAGGGAUAAUACUAUAUUAAUUUUAUUACUCAGAAUGUUGGCAUUAGGCUUAGGUUCUUGGAAUAUAAUUAAUACUCAAGAAUUUAAGGAGCCUAAACUGGACAGUCAAGUGGUAACAAAAUAUAUGCCAGCCUUAAUGUCCCUGAUGGUUGAUGAUCAAGUUCGCGCUUUACAUAAUAAACUCCCGCCAGAUGAAAGAGAAUCUGCCAUCACUACUAUAGAACACUCGGGUCCUCCACCUGAUGCUUGUGAAGCUUAUAUGAGAGAAAGCCCUGUUUGCAGUAUUCUAGCUAUGUAUUAUACUCUUCAUGCAGCAAAAUUAAAAGAUAGAGGUGCAUUAUUGAGAAUUCUUAGCAUAUUAGGUAGUUGCAAUAACAAUCUUGCAUAUUCUGAUCCAUUCUUGCAUGCCUUGGUCGCACUUUUGAUUCAACUGCCUGAUGAAUUUCAAGGUGAAGACUUCAGUACUGUGCUGUUUGAUGAGUUCUUCUUUGCUGGUUUAUCAAAAGACAAUGUUACACGACAUCUCUUGAAGUUACUAUGGUACAUUCAUCCAAAAUUACCGGAAACUAGGAUUCACACUUUAAUGAAGGCUCUUCAACCUGGUACACAACAUAAUGAGUCAGUGCAUAAGUUGUAUGAAGCUUUACAACAAAAGCUACACACUCAAGCAGAACCCGCACAGGCCACUACUGAAAUGGAUUAUUUAGAUUCGCCUUUAAUGAGUGUACCAAUGCCGACUCCCUCUCCCUACCAUAUGUAGGGCAUAUGAGAUUUAUAUUAUUAAUAAGCUUUGAGUUAGAUAUUAUGAUAAUUAUUAAAUAUAAGUAUUAUAAUUUUAAUAAUCA